AUGCGGCGCGAUUCAAGUUGGGAUUUUUACCUCGCGUUCGCGGCGAGUCCAGGUUACAAUGAUAAUGUUAUGCUUGGGGUAGAACGACAACUUCUCGGUAGCUGCUUAUCCGCGGUAGCACUCGCUCCUCGCAUUUGCCCCGCAUUGCCAAUUCUUGGCUACAGUAUGACAUGGACCGGCGGGCGUGCCGAGUCACCCGUGCGGGAAAUGACCCGCUGCGCAGAACACAGGAAUUUGAGUAACUACGCGGGCGCUCAUGGGAGUAAUAAUCACAUUCGCGUCAAAGAGGAAGCCAUUGCCGAGAUGACGACGACGAGUUCGAAACCACCCGCGCUAGAUGGAUGA